AUGAAAGAUUUUGAACAAGGAAACGUUGAUGCCUUCGAUGAGGACGCAAAGCAGUUGCGAUCCAUGGGUUAUAAGCAGGAAUUCAAACGAGAGUUCAAUGCCGUUUCCAUAUUUUGUUUUUCAUUCUCUAUUAUGGGCGUCUUGGCCUCUGUAUCUUCAACAAUCAAUUUCCCCAUGCUUUCCGGAGGUCCAGUUGCCAUGGUAUACGGCUGGAUUCUAGGCUCAUGUAUGGUAAUGUGUGUCGCGCUUUGCAUGGCUGAACUUGUCAGUGCUUGGCCAUCCUCUGGAGGACUUUAUUUUUUCGCUGCACGGCUAUCUCAGCAUCAUAAUAACGGCAAAUGGACACCUAUUGUCACUUGGAUGACAGGUUGGUUCAACAUCAUUGGCAAUAUGGCUCUCGUAGCGUCUAUCGAUUAUACACUUUCCACCAUGAUAGUUGCUGAAGUGGCUAUCGCAACCGACUUUACCUAUUCCCCGACUUUCGCCCAUACCUACGGUAUCUAUGCUGCAAUCUUGUUUCUACACGGCUUGAUGGGUAGUCUACCCACUCGAUGGCUUGCACGCGUCAACAAAGUAUAUGUCUAUUUCAACAUGGCAAGCACGCUGGUUGUGAUCGUCUGCCUUUUCGUUAUGGCGCCACAGAGGAACUCUGCAGAAUGGGUAUUUACCCACUUCGAUGCUGACACAGUUGGAUGGCCAGCUGGCAUGGCCUUCCUGCUAGGUCUCAUUGAUGUUAUGUGGACUUUGACUGGGUACGAUUGCGCCGCUCAUCUUUCAGAAGAAUGUAAAAACGCUUCUACAGCGGCACCAAGAGCCAUUGUUCAAUCUGUCAGCAGCGUUGCUAUUACAGGAUGGGUACUGAUUUUGGCCAUAGCUUUUACUGUUCCAAGCAUUGAUGAUGCCCUCGCCUCUGCAACUGGUAUGCCCAUGGCUCAAAUCCUCUAUGUCAACUGCGGAAAGUCAGCCACUCUCGUUCUUUGGUUUUGCGUUAUGCUGGUUCAAUUUUUCACUGGUUCUGCCACAGUCGUUGCUGCUUCGAGAGUCAUCUUUGCCUUUGCUCGUGACAAUGCUCUUCCUUUCAGCAAAUAUUGGAAAAAAAUCAACACAUAUACCCAUACUCCUAUUAAUGCUGUUUGGGCGUUAGUCACCUGCUCUGCAGCCUUAGGUUGUCUCGGAUUCAUCAAUUUGUCUGCACUGAAUGCCGUUUUCAACGUCGCUUCCAUUGGCCUCUAUAUCUCUUAUUCUAUUCCAAUCUUUUGCCGAAUCACCAUUGGCCGAAAAACGUUUGUACCUGGCUCAUUCAGCCUUGGAAGAUGGGCCGUUCCCAUUGGUACCGUGGCUUGCUUAUGGGUCACUUUUAUCAGCGUGAUUUUCUUAUUUCCUUUUGCACUUCCGGUUACCCCUCUUACCAUGAACUAUGCUGUGGUGGUCAUAGGAAUCAUCGUGCUUGGAGCUGGUCUCUGGUUUGUGAUUGAUGCACGAAAAUGGUUCCAUGGCCCAGUCAUCAACGUGGAUGACAGCUCAAUGUCAUCAGAAGCAGAUAGCAUCGAUGAAAAGCAUGAGCAACAUGUCGAUAAGGUUGAGGAAGCCAAUUGA